AUGGAAAUAGUUAAAAAUAUUAAAAGAGCAUGCUGUGGAGAGCCGGAGCUUUCUGUAAUGAUUGGUGGGGAUAUAAACGGUCUAGAUUAUGAAGAAGUAUCAGAACGAAUUAAAAAUGCAACAACAUUUAAUUUUGUUCACGUGGUAAAAAAAAAAGAUAAAGGCUUCGGAUUUGUCCAUUUCGAGUCACGAAAACAAGCAGCGAUAUUUUUCCAUGAUGUCAAAGAGAAGGAUUACUAUUACGGAGAUGAAAAAGGUCCAAUGCGGUUUUUUGCGGCGACAUAUUUUAAUACCAGUCGUAAAGUCGAGUAUAAUUUGGACGAGACUAAUUGUGGAACUAAUAAUGAAAGAAAAAAUGUAAAAGGAAAACGGAAGGCUAUUGAAAUAAUCGAAAUUAGUGAUGAUGAUGAAAAGGAAAUUAAUAAAUCUAAAAUCCUCAAAUAUUCACGUGCAGCCUAUGGACUCUUUAAAAAUGACAAUACAUACAUUAUAAUUUUGCAUACACCUGGUAUUGUGAAUAAGUCGGAUCUUGUAAUUUCAUCUGUUGAUGACAGAUCAUUUGCUAUUAAAUAUAAUCUCGGUGAAAGGAUAAUUUCUGGAAGAGAAAUAAUAAACUUUUUACCAACCGGAUUAUUUAAAGCAGAUGUUGAGCUCCCAAGCGAGUAA